AUUCCAGAACCAAAAAAGCCACCAGUGUUUGACCAACCUCUUAGACCAGUGACAAUAGCAGAAGGAGAUAUUUUGCAGCUCAGCUGCCACGUCCAGGGAUCACAGCCAAUCAGGAUUCAGUGGCUGAAGGCUGGGAGAGAAAUAAAAGCUUCAGAUAAAUGCAACUUUAGCUUUGCUAAUGGAACAGCUCUUUUGGAACUCACCGCAGUUACUAAAACUGAUGCAGGCGAAUAUGUGUGCAAAGCUAUAAAUGUGGCUGGAAGUGACUCUUGCAAGUCAAAAGUGACAGUGAAAGAAAAACCAGCAGCUGCACCAGCAGCUAAGAAAGCACCAGUGGAUGGAAAGCUGUACUUUAUCUCAGAGCCUAAGAGUAUCAAAAUUGUGGAAAAGAGUGUUGCAACAUUUCUUGCUAAAGUUGGAGGUGAUCCAAUCCCAAAUGUUAAAUGGACUAAGGGAAAGUGGAGACAACUCAACCAGGGAGGUCGCAUUUUCAUCCAGCAGAGAGGAGACGAAGCCAAACUAGAAAUAAGGGAUGCAACAAAAACUGAUUCUGGAACGUACAGAUGUGUAGCUUUCAAUGAACAUGGUGAAAUUGAGACCAGUGUCGAACUUCAAGUUGAAGAACGAAGAAAGGAAGAAGUAAUUGAAGGAGAUCUGAGAGCCAAACUGAAGAGUACUCCAACCAAAAAGAAGGAAGAAGAGGAAGAGAAGCCCAUUGAUAUCAUGGAACUUCUCAAAAAUGUUGAUCCUAAAGAAUAUGAGAAGUAUGCUCGCAUGUAUGGAAUUACAGAUUUCCGUGGCCUCCUCCAAGCCUUUGAGCUGCUAAAGCAAAGCCAAGAGGAAGAAAGUCAUAGAUUGGAAACUGAAAUCACAGAGAGAGUUCGCAAAGGAGAACAGGGAUUUGAGGAACUUGUAUCAUUUAUUCAUCGAAGAGUCACAGAGACAGAGCCUAUUACUCUCAUCAGCGAUAUUGAAAACCAGACCGUUUUAGCAGAUGAGGACGCUAUAUUUGAAUGUGAAAUUAAAAUUAAUUAUCCAGAAAUCAAACUCUCCUGGUACAAAGGAACUCAAAAAUUGGAUUCUAGUAACAAAUAUGAAAUAAAAAUUAAAGGUGAUCGGCACAUACUCAGAAUCAGGAACUGCCAACCUGCAGAUCAGGGGAAUUUCAGGGUUGUCUGUGGUCCACAUAUUGGUAGUGCAAAGCUAACUGUGAUUGCACCUGCAGUUGAACGGAAUCUUCAUGAUACUGCUUUCAAGGAAGGACGCACUUGUACCCUGAUUUGUCAGUUCUCUAUCCCAAAUGCCAAAUCUCAAUGGUAUAGAAAUGGAAAAGCCAUUAAGAUAGGAGGAAGAUACUCAACACAAGUCUCAGAGAAAAUACACAAACUAAUCAUCAAAGAUGUUAGAACAGAAGACCAGGGACAGUAUACCUGCAAGCUUCACAAUCUAGAAACAACUGCAGAUCUAACCAUUGAAGCUGAGCCCAUUCAGUUCACAAAGAGCAUACAGAAUAUAGUGGUGAGUGAACACCAGUCUGCAACCUUUGAGUGUGAGGUCUCUUUUGAUGACGCAGUUGUGACAUGGUAUAAAGGCUCCACUGAACUGCGGGAGAGUCAUAAAUACAGUUUUAGAAGUGAAGGUCGCUGUCAUUAUAUGACUAUCCACAAUGUCACUGCACAAGAUGAAGGUGUGUAUUCUGUAAUUGCUCGUCUUGAACCAAGGGGCGAAGCAAGAAGCACUGCAGAGCUCUAUCUGACAACCAAAGAAAUGAAACUGGAAGUGAAGCCACCAGAUGUUCCUGAUGCCAGAGUUGCAGUUCCAAUUGAAGCACCAGCUGAAGAUAUCCCUAUUCCUGUUUUGCUGCCUUUUGCUGUUCCACCACCAGAAGAGAAGAAAGAAACCAAGAAAGUUCUUGUAAAGAAAGUCUCCAAAAAAGUGGUUUCAAAAGCUCCUGAAGAAAUUGCUCCACCUAAAGUUCCCGAAGUGCCAAGGAAGCCACAAGAGAUCGAAGUGACUUCUGUAGCUAGAAGGAAAGAAGUUCAUGAAAAGGAGGAAAUAUAUGAAGAAAGAGAAGAGGUUUAUGAACAAAAAGAAGAAAUUUAUGAAGAACAAAAAGAACCUUAUGAAGAAUGGGAAGAAGAUUAUGGAGAACAGGAAUAUUAUGAAAGGGAAGAAGGUUAUGAAGAAGGGGAAGAGGAAUGGGAAACUUAUGAAGAAAAACAAGUUUAUCAUGAAGAAGUGAUUGGAGUUCCUCAGGAGCCCAUGCCUGAGCGUAUAACACCAGCAAUUACAGCUGAAAAGAAAGAGAAGAAAGAAGUGACCAUACAUAAAGUUGUUAGGAAACCUGUAGCUGAAGAAGUUGAGGUAACCACUCAGAGGCUUGAGGAGGAAGAACUCAGACUGCCUAAAGUGCCAGCAGUUCCCAAGAAAGUUCCGCCACCAAAACCUACCCGGGUGCCAGUCCAGGAGGAGGAAGUUAUGAGAAAGAAAGUACCGACAGUAGAAAUGUGGACUAUUUCAGAAGAAAAGAUGUCUGUUUCUGUUCAUGCAGAAGAAGAAUAUUCUUAUGUUUCAGAGCCAAAAGUGCAUGAGAGAACUGUCAUAGAAGAAAAAGUACAUGUUGAAAUUCCUGAGGCUCCCCCUGCUAAAGUUCCUGAGGCACGUAAGAAAAAAGAAGAGAAAAUCCCUGUUGCUGUUCCCAAAAAAGUGGAGGCUCCUCCAGUUAAAGUGCCUGAGGUGCCAAAGAAAACUGUCCCAGAAAAGAAGGAACCUGUUCCUGUCCCUAAAAAAGUAGAAGCUCCACCAGCUAAAGUGCCUGAAGUGCCUAAGAAACCUGUGCCAGAGAAGAAAGUACCCGAUGCUGUUCCCAAGAAAGAAGUAGCUCCUCCAGCUAAAGUGCCUGAGGUGCCUAAGAGACCUGUCCCAGAAGAAAAAGUUGCUGUUCCUAAAAGAGAAGAGGCUCCACCAGCGAAAGUGCCUGCAGUGCCUAAGAGAGUUGUCCCUGAAGAAAAAUUACCUGUUGCUGUUCCUAAAAGAGUGGAGGCUCCCGCAGCUAAAGUACUUGAGAAAAAACCACCAGAAGAAUGGAUACCUCCUGUUGCUCUUGAAAUAGAAGAACCUCAAUUCACCAAAGUGACUGAAGUGCACAGGAAAAUUAUCACCCAAGAAAAAGUAGCUAUCUCUGAAAAGGAGGAGGCUCCACCAAAAAGAGGUACAUUGCCUUUUGAAGCCAUGCAACAGAUAUUUAUCUCUUAA